AUGGCAGCAGGCCCACGCCGUCCACGCGUGGCUCGCGACGGCAGUCCUGGGUUCGAGAUGCUCCUGGGCCUUCUCACCUCCCUCCCUUGUGAAGUUGGGGUCACCCCCACCCCAGUCCGGGGGCUGCAGAGACCGCUAAGCGAGGCCUUCCGCCUGGCCGGGCGCUCAGCGGCCUCGCCUGGGGCGCCGGGGCAUCAGGGGGCUCCCAGCUUCUUCUCGGCCCGGGACCACCAGCUCCGAGCGAACGUGUCCAACGCCGCGUUGCCGGGCGACUUUCGAGAGGUGCUCCAGCGGCGGCUGGGGGAGCUGGAGAGGCAGCUGCUGCACAAGGUCGCGGAGCUGGAGGACGAGAAGUCCCUGCUCCGCAACGAGACCUCGGCUCACCGGCAGAAGACCGAGAGCACCCUGAACGCGCUGCUGCAGAGGGUCACCGAGCUGGAGAGGGGCAGCAGCGCGUUCAAGUCGCCCGAGGCCUUCAAGGUGUCCCUCCCGCUCCGCACCAACUACCUGUACGGCAAGGUCAGGAAGACGCUGCCCGAGCUGUACGCCUUCACCGUCUGCCUGUGGCUGCGAUCCAGCGCCUCGCCCGGCAUCGGCACCCCGUUCUCCUACGCCGUGCCCGGGCAGGCCAACGAGAUCGUGCUGAUAGAGUGGGGCAACAACCCCAUCGAGCUGCUCGUCAACGACAAGGUUGCACAGCUGCCCCUGUUUGUCAGUGAUGGAAAGUGGCACCACAUCUGCGUCACCUGGACAACCCGGGACGGCACGUGGGAGGCCUUCCAGGACGGGGAGAAGCUCGGCACCGGGGAGAACCUGGCCCCCUGGCACCCCAUCAAGCCGGGGGGCGUGCUGAUCCUUGGGCAGGAGCAGGACAUCAUUGGGGGCAGGUUCGAUGCCACGCAGGCGUUUGUGGGGGAGCUCAGCCAGUUCAACAUAUGGGACCGCGUCCUUCGAGCCCAGGAAAUUGUCAACAUCGCCAACUGCUCCACGAACAUGCCGGGCAACGUCAUCCCCUGGGUGGACAACAACGUCGACGUGUUUGGAGGGGCUUCGAAGUGGCCGGUGGAGACGUGCGAGGAGCGCCUCCUGGACUUGUAGCUGCGCCCAGCUCCGUCCGUUGAGCCGUGUGACCCUCCUGCCGGCCGGGCGGCGGGCUCCCCAGGGACCGAGGCCCUGCAGCACAUGCACUGGCCUGUGUGUCCUUCCCGAGAUUAUUUUGUUUUGGGGGUAGAGCCAGAGUCCCUGGGAAAAGCCCUGAGCUGCAGGGGGGCCACUGCCUGACUUCCUGCUCUGGGGGACUAUAGACCUUCGGGUCCUGUGCCGAACCCCUGUAAAUGCUAGUGCACCCCAGCCUGUCCGCCCCUCAAUCCUUGCUGUCUUGUGUGCGCCGUCUGUCUGUCCCCUUCGCCGGCCGUGCCGCUCUCCUGCCAGAGUGGCCGUGUCCUUUGUGUGUCGAGUACAUCCUGCUGACCACUGAGCAUGUUCCGGAGCAGCCCCCCGCUCGGCCCCCCCAAGUUCUUUAUGUCAUGAGCUAGG